AGACGAAGUGCCAUCCGCUCAUACUCAGGAGGUUAGACUUUCCGAGAAAAAUCGCGGCGAUGGCGUCCAAAGUCUCAACAACACCGCCAUAUGCUGGUGCCGCUAGAAUCGCCGACUCUCCGUGCUUUCCUCAAUACACAGCUUCUCUCAAAUGUCUUGAGGAGUUUAAUUCAGAUAAGAGUAAAUGUCAAGAACAGUUUGAUGUUUACAAGGAGUGCAAGAAAAAGGAGAGGGAGGCUCGACUGGAACGUAAUAGGAACCGAUCUUUCUUUUCAUGAAAAGUCUGUUAUUGUAUCAAUCCCCGAGAGUACAAAGGCAAGGCUGGGCUUGAAAGAAGAAAAAGAAAUUAAACUAGCAUAUCAAGCUUCCAGAUUCCAACAUUGGGGAAAUUCAGCCAGCUGGGGGAGUCAUGAUGGGCACUCUUAUAGCCAAUCUAUUAGCGCAUUGAAUCAGUGACCUGCUGGUGUGGGAGAUUUCCGCUUCACUUGCUCUAUAGAUGAUAUCUCUUGAUUGUAGUUAGGGAAAAUCGCACAAGAAUCACUGAAAAAUGUUAUUCAUAGCAAGAAUCACUAAAAAAUUUUAUUCAUAGAUAAAGGCCAAUAAAAAAUGAAAUGUUAAAAUUGGAACAAGUA